AUGAUAGUCUGCAUUAGUUUUCAUUUUCAAUCCAAGGAAAGCAACCAUGGAAUUCAAAUAACUCACUUAAAAAGUCCUUUAAAGAAUCACGUGAUACGAUUGCAUCCAAUAAGCCUUUUUCGAAAAAAACUUCAGCCGAUUGGGAACCUUCAGGCACUUCCUUAUUCAACGUUUGUUCAAUUAAAGGGUUCUUAUACUUCUUAUACACGAAGGGGGACACCAUUUGCCGCUCUAACCGCAGCGGGAAAUGCUAUUCAAACAGUAGUCGAUCAAGGCAUGCAACGAGCAGACGUCAUGAUAAAAGGUCCCGGUCUAGGAAGAGAGGCGGCAUUAAGAGCUAUUUCUGGAAGUCGGAUACGAGUAAGGGUUAUACGGGAUGUAACCCCUAUGUCACAUAAUGGAUGUAGGGCUCCUAAAAAAAGACGUGUGUAA